UCAGCUGAGGAACGGUCUUGAAACCCGGGUAGGACUUUUUUAGACAAGUUGUGAUCUACAUAGCGCGCACUCUUUGUACAUCCCCCAACCAGUCUGUCUUGUCCCCCAUCUGAUAUAAUCACAAACUGGUGACUUCGCGCUUUCAGAAAAUCAAUCAAGAAGAUAUAUUAAAUUCUGAGUUGGCAUUACUUCCUUCAAUAAUUACAUACAUAUUUCAAGAGAAUAAUAUUUUCGUUGUCUUGAUGUCCUUUGUACCUUCGAAGCCGAUAAAGAUUCCAAGUUGGACAAGUGAUCGUCGACAAUGGCGUUGUAGCAAUACACAAUGCUUGUGUUGGGUACCAGUAGAAUUCCGCAACUGUCCUCAUUGCAGCUAUCCUAGACCUUCUGGUCCGUAGAUGUCUCUCGAUAGUCAGGUAUCUAGUUUGGUAGCCUAUACACUACCCUUUGUCCUCUUACAGAUCAAGCAUUGGUGAACAUAUACACUUCACCCACAAAGAAAAUAAUCUAGUGUCUUCUAGUAUAUUGCAUCAGCUUAUAUAUACCAUAAAAAUGCAUUUGUAUUUCUUAUUUGCAUCUUAAUUCUAUCAUUGAACUUGCCGCUGUCUUAUCUCUUAGGUUCUGACGUCGACGAGAUUUCUAGAGUUGCUGAUAUGAUAGAAAUAAUAUUUGAAUAUAUUAGCAAUCAACUGUUUGCUUACUAAUUUAGAUCUUUCUGUUCUGUUCUGGAAAAGUGUGGAAGGUGAAUCUACGAGAAGUCUCUAGGAAUUGUAGACAGAUAUAUAAGCUGAGGUAGCGUCUCAUUUGUCGACCAUCAACAACCAAACUAGCAAAUCUACUUCUCAAACGCACUUAAACCACUAAUCUUAAGCAUACAAAGCAUACAAUGACAAUCUUCUACAACCAACCAAGCAACUUUGAAUUCCCAAUUGAAUUCUUUAUUGAGGAAGCUGCACCAAGAAAACACACUAACGCAACACCUUCAACAUCUAAACCUCGCCUUGAUUUGUUAGAAUACGAGAAUUCAUAUGAAGCAAGACUAAACCUUGCAGGAUACAAGAAAGAAGAGCUGGAUAUAUCAAUACACGAUCAUAAGAUUACUGUCAAGGCUAGUCAUCCAGCUGAAGAAAACAAAGACAACAAAUUUAACUACUUGAUCAAUGAGAGUAGAUCUUCACCAGAAGCUAGUCGGACAUGGAAAAUUCCAGAGCACGUCACAAAAGACAACAUACAUGCUGCUUACACCGACGGAUUACUCACUCUGAGAUAUUCAAGACAUGCCCCUGAAUCUGAGCCAAAGAAAAUCAACAUAAAUUAAUUUGCUAUUGAGUUAACCAAUAGAAAUAUUUCAAGGACAUUUGCAAUUAAGUUAUACAUACUGUUUCUCUUG